CGAAUAGAAAUCAUUCACUCGCAACAAAAUGAAAUUAUUUCAAUUAAUUUUGUUCGCUAUUCUGCUGGUUGCAGUUCUAGCUGCUGAUACUCCACCGGCUGAUACGCCUCCGGCUGAUACUCCCCCGGCUGAUACUCCUCCAGCUGAUACCCCUCCUGCUGAUACUCCUCCGGCCGAUACCCCACCAGCUGAUACACCUCCUGCUGAUACACCUCCUGCUGAUACACCUCCUGCCGACACCCCUCCAGCUGAUACUCCCCCAGCUGACACUCCACCCGCUGAUACUCCUCCCGCUGAUACCCCACCAGCUGACACUCCCCCCGCUGGUACACCACCAGCAGAGACCACAACUGCCGCCCCAGCCCCAGGAGGAGCUACCACUAAGAAACCUGCUACUACUACCAAAAAGCCUGUAGCUAAGAAACCAGCUGGCAAAAAACCAGCUGGCAAAAAACCAGCCGCCAAGAGACCUGCCAAGAAGAAGCCAGCUAAGAAAAGGCCUGCCAAUAAGAAACCUGCAAAUAAAAGGAGACCUAAGGCCAAGAAUUCGAAUAGACUCAGAAACCGAAAUAUGCAAGUCGCCAUGUCCAAGGGACCCGUCAAACAAAAUAACAAUGUGAAAUUUGUUAUCCAAAAUUAAAAUAAAUAAAUAUUGAAUAAAUUGCAGAACAUUAA